AUGCAAAAUAGCAAAAAAACAAUAAGAAUUCAAUAAGCACARUAAUUCAGUUAUUUUUUAAUUUCGUGUUCAAUAUGAAAUCAUAUUGUUUAUUAUUGUUACUCUUCUGUGCUAAUUUCUUGAACAUACAUGAGUGUCAGGCUAAUCAUUCGAAUAAUUGGGCAGUUCUGGUCGAUACAUCAAGGUUUUGGUUCAAUUACAGGCAUGUAGCAAACGUUUUGUCCAUUUACAGAAGUGUCAAACGUCUUGGUAUACCGGACAGUCAGAUAAUAUUAAUGGUCGCUGAUGACAUGGCAUGUAACCCUCGAAAUCCCAGUCCUGCAACUGUAUUCAAUAAUGCUGAUCAACAGCUAAACGUUUAUGGUGAUGACGUUGAAGUCGAUUUUAGAGGCUAUGAGGUAACAGUUGAAAACUUUGUACGUUUAUUGACGGGUCGAUUACCUCCUGAUACUCCUCGUUCAAAACAGUUGCUUACUGAUGAAGGUAGCAACAUCUUGAUAUACCUUACUGGCCAUGGUGGUGAUGGAUUUCUUAAGUUUCAAGAUUCUGAAGAAGUUACCAGCCAAGAGUUAGCUGAUGCUCUUGAACAGAUGUGGCAGAAAAGAAGAUACCAUGAAAUAUUCUUCAUGAUUGAUACUUGUCAAGCUUCAUCAAUGUAUGAAAAAUUUUACUCACCUAACAUCCUUGCAAUGGCUAGUAGCUUAGUAGGUGAAGAUUCCCUUUCGCAUCACGUAGAUCCAGCAAUUGGAGUGUACAUAAUUGAUCGUUACACAUUUUAUGCGUUGAAAUUUUUAGAGAAUGUUAAACUAAAGAGUCGUAUUAGCAUGAAAAGUUUUCUGGGUGUUUGUCCUAAACAAGAUUGUAUUUCAACAGUGGGAGUACGAAUAGAUUUAUUUCACAGAGACCUCGCCAAAGUUCCAAUCACUGACUUCUUUGGAUCUGUCAGACCAGUUGAAUUAACAUUUGACUUUUUAGAUAUUUCAAAUACACCAUUAUAGAAAAUAAUUGUAAACAUUGUCCUGUAUAAAAUUAUUUAUAUUUGUAUAUAAUUUUAAGAGCACAACUCUAUUUAAAAUGAGAUUGUACCUCGACGACCGACUUCUGCGCAUGGAUGUGCUUUGUUUCUCAGCGCAGAAUUCAUUAUUUGACUAAAUGGGGGAAGUGUCUGAUCGUCGCUGAUGAAAACUGGUCACUGCCGAAUAGAGUGUAGUUCAAUAUUUGUGAGCCGGUUAUUUCAUAACAAUUUAUAUAUAGCUAAAUUAUGUUAUAAAUACUUUAUUUUUUUUUAUAUAUAUAAAAUAUU